AGGUGUGAGAGAAACAUACCACAUUGGCGGCUUUUAAUUGUGUUUAUUUGGGGAGGCUGCCACGAUUGUUUCGCGUCCAUCCAGUCGCAUAUGCUGCGUUAUGAGCUUUCCAGUUUACAGUCAAUCACCCAGCCAACAGCAAAAGCACAGGGAUGAACACAAGUGCAUCUAUGGAGUGCAGAAUUAACUUCUAUGGCCUGACAUGGUGCUGUUGUGAUGAAAUGUCUCUGGGAAAACACUGAAAUCAGACUUGAAAUUUAAACAGCUUUAUUUUAUGCACAGGAACUAUAUUUUUAAAUCAAUUUGCAGAAAGCGAAUCUAGACUGUAAGCAACGCAUUUAAGAGCAACAGAUACUUGUGACAUAAGAAGUUGUAAAGACAUGGAUGGUAAUAUGGGAGAGAUGUCUGUGCACAGUCAUGUAGAGCUGGCUCACAGUCAGGACAGCCGAGCCAUGCUGCACUCUCGGGAUCUUACGGCUGCCUUCCCUCGUCCCUGUCUGGGGGGCCCAUCCAUGGGCCUGGAGUCAGAGCACCAGAGCCCUGGGUACGACCACAGCAUGACAACUCUGGGGUACGGUAGGGAUGCACCAACCAGCUGCGGCAGCACCUAUACCACGCUGACACCUCUUCAGCCCUUUGAUGACAAAUUCCAUCACCAUCAUCACCACCCUUGUCUGCCCGUCAGCAACGUCAUCGGCAGCUUCACUCUCAUGCGAGACGAUCGAGGUCUGGGGGGAAACUACUACACUUCGUAUGGAAAAGACUUUGGUAUAGGACAGGGUCUGUCUCCUCCGCUGGGCAGUGCAGGCCUGGAGACUGCCAUGCAUGGCUACAGUAGUCUAGGGAGUCAGAAUGGACACACUAGCCAGAUACUUCCAGGUGGCCAUGAAGUCCAUAUGGGCAGCAAUGGGGGGAACAUCUGUCGAACAGUGCCAGACUUUGGAAGGGAGAUGUCACCAAUCUCUCUGGGGGGAGAGCAUGGGGUCAGCCACCAGCUAAACAAAAUGGAUGUCCAUCAGCAUACUCCCACCUACCACCCCCAUAUAUACAACCAGAGUUAUCAGCACCAUCUCCCUAGCCAACAGGCCACCAAGCUGGGGGAGCUUCCUUCUUCCUCCCCAUCCUCUUCUGGCUCAAGCCUGGGAAGGGAGGGCAUGCUAACUGGUUCCCAGAACAGCGGUGCAGGAGAGGAGAUUAACACCAAAGAUGUGGCACAAAGAAUCAUUACAGAACUAAAGAGAUACAGCAUCCCACAGGCCAUUUUCGCAGAGAGGGUUCUGUGCAGGUCUCAGGGCACUCUGUCAGAUCUGCUCAGGAACCCCAAACCUUGGGGGAAACUCAAGUCUGGCCGUGAGACCUUUAAGAGGAUGUCCCGCUGGCUACAGGAGCCAGAGUUUCAGAGGAUGGCCUCAUUGCGUCUGGAAGCUUGCAAGCGUAAGGAACAGGAGCAGUCUAAGCUGGAGCGAAACCAGGGGCCGAAGCGUACCCGGCUAGUCUUCACAGACCUGCAGCGUCGCACACUUAUGGCCAUUUUCAGAGAGAAUCACCGACCUACCAAAGAUCUGCAGAUCACUAUCUCCCAGCAGCUGGGCCUUGAACUCUCUACCGUAAGCAACUUCUUCAUGAAUGCUCGCCGGAGAAACGUCAACCGCUGGACUGAAGAGGGCCGUCCAUCCUCCACUGGCUCAUCAGGGUCAAGUACUUCCUCUCCUGCUGUGACCUGCUCCAAGGCAUGAUAGGAAAACCAAGCAUUUUUGCUCUGCACACGUUUACCUGUAGCUGAGAAAGUUUGAGAUUUUUAAUCAAGGAUGAUUUUAUUUAGAAAUCAAAAGCAUAUGAUACCAAAGAUAAAGACUUUACAAGGGUGAUUUCCAGAGUUGUCUAGGCGAGACAGGAUUUGAUUGUAGUUUUAGUGAUUAUUUUAGCUUUAAUUGCAAAGGAUGAAAGACCAACACAUUAGGGCUCAUAAAAUCAUUCACAAAUUGACUUAAUCUCUGUGGAUGUUUAUGAGAAGGUAGCAAACAGAUAUUAAAUCGGUUUGUUUAUUAUUUCAUAAUCCGCAUUACAAUUUAAAAUCAGUGCAAGUUCCAAACAUUACUGAUUUUAAUUUGUUGACGGUGACAGAUGGAAAGUGAUCGUCAAAAUUAUAUAAGGGCAUUGAAGGUUCUUAAGAAUUACGAUUUUUAGACAAUUAUGACCAAAGAAACAAAGCAGGAUGCAAAUGAAUCUUUCAAAGAUUAUUUAAUGUGGAAAAAGUACUGGACAAAGAAACUGCAGCUAAAACCAAAAUACGGACACAUUUUUCAAGAGCUUGUUUUCUUUUUUAUACUCAAAGUUGAAAUCCUGCACCAAUAUUACAGACAGCCAGGCCAUGUCUCAUACUUUUCAAAAAUGGCAUCUGCUUUGGGACAACCACAGACUCAGCACAGGAUGGAAUCGUGUCCUCUCAAACAAUGAGGUUGAACUGAAGACACAGUGAUGGGGGAGGGGCAAUCAUUACACUUUCAAACUUGGCUGAUUGAUUGAUGAACCUCAUGUGACGUUCUGCUGAUUGACUGCAAUGAGGAAACCAAAAAGCUUUCGCCUCUGGCAUCAGUUAAUUUCUGAUACACAAAUAAUUUCUUAGAUGUCACACUGAGGAUGGAGAAAUCUUUCCCCAUUUUUUUUUUUUUUUUACAAAUUUCCAAGCACACAAGCUGGCUGAUGGCUGUUCAUCCUGGAAAGCUCAAAAUGACCUUAACCACAAUGAAAAAACUAAACGCAAUGUUGAAACUUGAACUGAACAUGAACUGAAAACCACUUUGUGUAUUUAUAAUUAUUUAUGUAUUUAUUUCCAAUCUUCUAACUAUUUAAUUUAUUUAUUUACUAGGUACCUUCAGUAUUUAUUUCUGUGUUGUUUGUGUAUGACAAUGACCCUGUCUCUGAUAGGAGUCCCAAUACCAAAGAUGAAUAUUUGUCCUCCCUGAAUGUCCAACUUUUCUCAUCUUCUGAACUUUGUGUUCAUAGUAUCUUUAUAUCCAGGCUAGUGUUAAACCCAUCCAUGGUAAUACUUCACAUGUGCUGCAUGUUAAGACCCUUUACUUCACAGCCUAACUGAAGUUAGAGUUUUCUUCCAGCUGUGCAUGAAAACUGCACACAAAUGGCUAUAAAUGCCAGAAGAUUCUAUAUUUAGACUAUUCAGUCUGGCUGGGCACUGGGUGCGGAUGUUUAACUGUGAUAUCCUGCAUUGCAGUUCACAUUUACUGUAUGUUGCUCAUUGGUGCUGCACCCCAGUCUUGCGGGGUGGGCUGUGUUGGACGUUGAGGGAUAAAUCGUACCUUUUUCAAUGCUCUUUCUCAUUCCCCUGUGUUUAAACUUUGCAGGGUAUGUAGUGAGGCCCCUUCACAGCAUGCACUUGAAAGAGGGCCCAUGAAAGAGGCCAUCGACUUUUGCCAACUUCAAAGAGGCCCUUUUUAUUUGUGUCCUCUCGGAGGCUGUGACCGGCUCUCGGCACUUGGUCAGACCCAUGGGCUUAGGGGGAGGGGGGGCAGAUCAGAGACUAGCUGCAUUACCAAAUCAUGGCAAGAAAGGGGUGGGGUGGGAGUUUGGGUAUGGGAAUUAAAGUUUAAUGAGCAACAGUUGUAAGCGUGCUGUGCACAGGGCAAAGGGUGUCAGCAUGUGUCUCAACACUCCAGGUCACCCUGUUGCAGUUGUGAUUUGCCAGUCUUCUCUUUUCUUAGAGGCUUAAUGAUUUAGGUAAUUAUAAUUUCAAAAUUACAGUGGUAGAUGAUUAGAGAUUACACGCAACCUGUAGUGUCUUGAAGGUUACAUUUAGCAUUUCGGAGCCAGCACAUCAUGGAAGAUGCUUUUGAAGUAAUUUAGUCUUCAGUGCCUCCUAGUGGGCAUUUUAUUCACACUUAUUGUUGAAUACUCUUAGGCUACAUCCACACUAAUAGUUUUUCAUUUGAAAACUCUAACGAAGAAUGUUAUGCCCUAAUAGGGAGCAUUUUCGUUGGAGGCAAAUGCUAUUCUAGUGUGGAUGAGAGGCGAAAACGUAGCAAAAUUGGUGUGGACCUGGCCUUUAUUUGUAGAGAGUCACAAAUAAAACCAAUUCUAAACAAGUUCCGGGAAAGGAACAAUGAACAUGCCAUGUUUCUGCAGUGUUUGUUAACCUCUUCAGUUAUAUUUGAAUCCAACCCCUAUGUCAGGUGGCCGUUAUAUUACAGACUUUGAACUGUGGCAUUCUGUUGUGUUCUGGCCCUGCGUAAAUCUGAAAUAAUAUUUCUAUUCCACUGUCCAUCAAGGGGAACCUGUGUGGCCCUUUUGUUCUACCCAACAGUCCUAAUUUCAUCUACCUCAACUGUAUGUGAUGUGUUGUGUAGCAGAGGUGUAACUGUACCAAAGAUCCCAUCUGUUCAGGGAGUGUUUGUGUGUUUCUAAGUUUUUAUAGCCAAAUGUGCUGGAAUCAAUCCGUUAACAACUAAUCACAGCCCUACCUGCAGGCAGAGAGAACCUUAUGGUUUGUCUAUGUAUGAGUGGGUGUACGAGUGAGUGGGAGAGAGAGUGAGAAUGAGAGAUUGCAGAACAUUUCAGUAUUAAGACCAAAUGGGAAUGACAAUCGAAGCAAGAGAGGGGGUCUUGCUGAUCUUAAGAUUGCUUAUCCCUUCAAAACAAAAACAUGUAGAAGAGUUAAAAGGAUAGAGACCAAAAUAUGGCAAAUAUGUCUGAAACAGUCUCUACAAAUGUGAUGCAAUGAUAUUCUAAUUCUGUCAUAAGAACCAUGUAACUCCGGAAGAAAAAUAAAACCAACAAGAACCAGUCUUUUGUUGGAUCACAACACAGGCUAACAAAAUUCUUCCCUGUAGAGGCAGGGCACUCAAACAUAGACAUUGGUGUCUGGAGAUGAACUUAUUUAUGGUUCAGAGAAGCAGACUUGAAAAGGUAGCAAGUCCUUUAUUUAUUUAAGUCAUCACUCAUCUAAAAUCCCUUUCUGCUGGUGUGAACAUUUGUGUCAUUUUAUGCCAUUGUCCCCUUGUGUUACCUUAUGAAUGUGGCUAAUCAACCAAAGGUGUAAAAAUCACAGCAAUCUAAAUGUCAAUCAUAAUUGGACAUUGUGUGCCGAUUUAAAAAAAAAAAAAAA